CCGGUGGCCUCCCUCGCCGGCUCUUCCAGCGGCGCUGCCCCGAGGGGUGGGCGUUCGGGGCGGGCGCCGCGGCCCAGCUGCAAUCAUGAGCCGGCCCAGCCGGCUGCAGAGGCAAGUUCUGAGCUUGUACCGCGAGCUGCUCCGCGCGGGCCGCGGGAAGCCGGGCGCCGAGGCGCGGGUGCGGGCCGAGUUCCGGCAGAACGCCAGCCUGCCGCGCUCCGACGUGCUGCGCAUAGAGUACCUGUACCGCCGCGGGCGCCGCCAGCUCCAGCUGCUGCGCUCCGGACACGCCACUGCCUUGGGCGCCUUCGUGCGCGCGCGGGACCCGACGGAGGACCCCAGCGGCGCGGGGACCCCGCCUGACGAUGAUGAGGGUCGGAGGAGCGCCCUGGAUGGCUCGGGGGCCCCGGAAACCCCGUCCAGUAGAAGAUGACUGAUGGAAGAGCACGUCCGAGACGCGGGGGAGCGGGGGCCUGCAGGUUGUGUGAGGGCGCCAGGGAUGGACGGUGAGAGGUCUUGAGAAAGCAGCUCGACGGACUGGGGGGAUCGGAGAGCCCUCUGGCGACUUAGGGGACACCCUUGGUGGAUGGCGAGACACCCGACCUUACCUAGUGUGUGGUAACUGGUGGGCUUCCCCAUGGGCUGGAUGCUGGGUCUCUCGUGGGCUGGAAUGUGCCAAGCUGAGAGCUGCUUACCCCGAGGUAUGGGGAACACUGAAGCUCCUCCUCCUCGUGAGAAAAAAAGACUGGGACACCCUUCUCAGGAUUGCGGAGAACAUACCCACCCACCCCGCUCCUUGAGACUCCCUUCCAGUAUUUAGUUCUGAGGAGUUUGAUCCACCUUUUGCUGAUGGGCUGUGAGAGACCCGGAAUUCUCUUUGAAAAUUCUUCCCCCAUUCAUUGUGGCAAAUUUGGGCCAGUGAGGAAGGGACUGAGAUCUCUCAGCCCAGCUGGCUAACUAGAGACCCUUUAAGACCUCUACUUGAUGGUUCCGUGGGGGUUGGGGGCUCUGACUCCUGUGCUUUUCCCCCUCAAAACCACUAAACAAAGGGAAUAAAACUGGGGAUAUGCUGUC